GUUUCCCUGCAGGAUGUGAUGCGAUGUAUUGCCUUUGCAACAGCUGAUCAGUAUCAUUUGCCAACACUUUGCCACGACUUGACAAACCACGGCUUCCUGGAGAUACAUUUACCCAGAGAUGCCUCCAACGCGCUGGUGAUCAGCACGGACAUGGCUGCUAAACCGGACGACGACGCUCUGAUGUUCCUCUUCAGGGAAGGUUCCGUCGUUUUCUGGAACGUCGAAGAGAAAACGAUGAAACAGGUGUUGAGAAUCCUGGAGCGUCAUGAGAUUCAGCCCUAUGAAGUGGCUCUAGUGCACUGGGAGAACGAGGAGAUCAACUACACUGUAGGAGAAGGAAACACGAAGCUCGAGCGCGGAGACUUUAUUCUGAGUGACAGGAGGGACCACGCCGAAGCUGUGCUGGAGAAAUUCGCCUUUUCAAACGCUCUGUGUUUGUCAGUGAAGCUGGCCAUAUGGGAGGUCUCUCUAGACAACUUUGUAGACUCCAUUCAGUCCAUCCCAGAGACUCUGAAGUUGGGAAUGAGAGUGAAGUUGUCGUCUGCAGAAGUCAUGAAGAAGAUCGGAGAACUGUUCUCGUUGAGACAUUGUAUAAACCUGAGGUCCGACCUGCUGCUCACCCCCGACUUCUACUGGGACCGAGAGAACCUGGAGAAACUUUACGAUAAGACGUGUCAGUUCCUCAACAUCAACCGCAGAGUCAACGUCGUGAACCAGAAGCUGGAACACUGCAGUCAGCUAACGGACCUGAUGAGGAGCCACCUGAGUGAGAAGCACAGCCUGAGGCUGGAGUGGAUGAUCGUCAUCCUCAUUACCAUCGAGGUUCUGUUUGAACUUUCAAAGAUGAUCUUCUGAGCGUCCAUCGAGGCUCACGUGUCCAGGAGCCUGGAGCUGCAGGGACGGAGCUGCGGGGGGACAGACGGGGACAGAGCUGCGGGGGGACAAAGAUGGACAGAGACGGAGCU